AAAUCGUAGUGGCAUCUUUUCGCUUCGUUCUCCCGGCGUGAGACCCUCCUUCCGGAGCCAUGUCAGAAGGAGUGGACUUGAUUGACAUAUACGCGGAUGAGGAGUUCAACCAGGACCCGGAGUUCAACAACACAGAUCAGAUUGACCUGUAUGAUGAUGUGCUGACAGCCACUUCCCAGCCCUCAGACGACAGAAGCAGCAGCGCUGAGCCGCCGCCCCCGGUGCGCCAGGAGCCCUCACCCAAGCCCAACAACAAGACCCCUGCGAUUCUAUACACAUACAGUGGCCUGCGGAGCCGACGAGCGGCCGUCUACGUGGGCAGCUUCUCCUGGUGGACCACAGACCAGCAGCUGAUCCAAGUUAUUCGCUCUGUCGGGGUCUAUGAUGUGGUGGAGCUGAAAUUUGCUGAGAAUCGAGCCAAUGGCCAGUCCAAAGGGUAUGCUGAGGUGGUGGUAGCCUCUGAAAACUCUGUCCACAAAUUAUUGGAACUCCUGCCAGGGAAAGUUCUCAAUGGUGAGAAAGUGAAUGUGAGGCCAGCCACCCGGCAGAACCUGUCACAGUUUGAAGCUCAGGCUCGGAAACGUGAGUGCGUCCGAGUCCCAAGAGGGGGAAUCCCUCCAAGGGCCCACUCCCGAGAGUCGAGCGAUUCUGCCGAUGGCCGGGCCACGCCCUCUGAGAACCUCGUGCCCUCAUCCGCCCGCGUGGAUAAGCCCCCCAGUGUGCUGCCCUACUUCAGCCGCCCUCCUUCAGCCCUCCCCCUGAUGGGUCUGCCCCCACCCCCGAUUCCACCCCCACCGCCUCUCUCCUCAAGCUUUGGGGUCCCUCCUCCUCCUCCUGGCAUCCACUACCAGCAUCUUAUGCCCCCCCCUCCUCGAAUUCCUCCUCAUCUGGCUGUACCUCCCCCGGGGGCCAUCCCACCUGCCCUGCACCUCAAUCCAGCCUUCUUUCCCCCACCAAAUGCCUCUGUGGGGCCUCCACCAGAUACUUACAUGAAGGCCUCUGCAUCCUAUAACCACCACAGCAGCCGAGAGUCGGGCCCUCCGUCCUCCAAUGUGAGUGAGGCUGAGUUUGAAGAGAUCAUGAAGCGAAACCGAGCCAUUUCCAGCAGUGCCAUUUCCAAAGCAGUGGCUGGAGCCAGUGCAGGGGAUUACAGUGACGCAAUCGAGACGCUGCUCACAGCCAUCGCUGUCAUCAAACAGUCCCGAGUUGCCAAUGAUGAGCGUUGCCGGGUCCUCCUCUCCUCUCUGAAGGACUGUCUCCACGGCAUUGAGGCCAAGUCCUACAGCGUGGGUGCCAGCGGGGGCUCGUCCAGGAAACGACACCGGUCCCGGGAGAGGUCGCCCAGCCGGUCUCGGGAGAGCAGCAGGAGGCACCGGGACCUGCUGCACAGUGAAGACCGGCAUGAUGACUACUUCCCGGAAAGGAGCCGGGAGCACGAGCGGCACCGGGACCGAGAGCGGGACCGGCACCACUGAGGAAGGCGGCUGUUGGAAGCAGAUUUUUUUUAAUGGACUUGCAUCUCCUCACCUUGAUCAGGACUAAGGAUGGAGGCCGCUCUACCCCUUCCUCUCCUUCCAAGCCCCUGCCUCCCUGCAGACCCCCCACCCCCCCGGGCUUGAGUGCCCUCUGCCCCUCAGGACUGAAGAAGAGCACUCAGCAUCCUUGCUAGCCCCUCGGCACCUGCCGGCCAGGGGAAGACCAGAGACGCGGGGUGCUUGGGAGGGGUGGCAGACAGCAAGGGAACAGCAUAUCCAGGCCCCUACUUGGUCAAGGCCAUGAGGCACUCUCUUCUCCGGGAGCAGUCCAGUGGGGAGGGGACUGGGGGUGCAAGAGGCCCAGGGCCCUGCCCUUUAGCACUUGGUUUGAUGGGGCCAGGAGGGUCCAGGUCCAGAUCCCUUGCUAACAUGCCACUUCUUUGUUUAACGCUUUCCUCCUGGCCCCAUGAGGGACCACGCGGACAGAUAUCCUACAAACAGCGUAACAGCCUCGUAUGGUCUUGCUUUUCCCACUCAGAUAGUGACGGUUUCUUUCCCUGACCUGCUUUCCGCUCCCUGCCACCUGGCCCACCUCCGAUGCUUAGACGGUCUGCCAGGAUGCGUGCUUGCCACAAGGGGCCUCCCCGGCACUGCUGCGAGUUGUGCCAGCGCUGUGGUGGCCCCUUGCAGUUGGCAGCUCCCCUGGGGGGCCCCCUUCCCUUCCUUUCCAUGGGGCUUUUCCAUUUCACACACGGAGACCUUCCCCUCCAAAGGCGGCUUCCUUGUUUUAAAGGAAGGUACUGCCAUUGGGUGGUGAGAGCAUUGGGCCCCCCGCCUGCCACAAAGGGCCCUUGAGUAGCAGGCAGGGGGAGGAGGCCAGUGGGCAGGAUGCAGCCCACUUUAUAGCUUUUCCUUACCAAGCUCCAGGUCAGCAUGAGCUUGCGUCCCCAGGGACAGGCCAUCACUCGCUGAGGAACGGCCCUGCCUGGGGAGGCAAGGCAAGUCGCAUGGCCUGUGUCUGUUCACCUUUGGGCCUGAGUACUUCCUGCCUCUGCGGAGGAGCAGGCGGAAGUGGGCCCAGGGAGGAGGGAGUGGCUUUCCCCUUAGUAUAUGAAUUGCGGGCGUGGCUGCUGCUGCUGCUGCCUGUGAGGGCACCGACUUUUACCUGAGGCCCAGCCGAGCGAGGCACGAAGGCUCACUGGAGACCAAACCAGAGCCCGUCCUCCAUCCCGGCCCUCAGUUGGCUGCCAAGGGCGGCCCCAGGACUGGAGCUGGGAGCUCUUUUCCCUGUUCCUGGACCCCACUCUGCCUCCUCCUCGGGACUCGGCGCCCCCCGGCUGUGCUUAUCCUCGAGAGCAGCUGGGGCGUCUUUUUAAAGCGUAGAGAGAACCAAGCAUGGGACGGUGUAAGGAGAAAAGAUAGUCUCAGCUGUUUACCUGGAGAAUUUUUCUCCCCAUUGUUUUGUUUCGUUUUUACUCAUGACACGAUUUUUAGUUUUAUUUCCUGAUAGCAAAAGGGAAAAGGAAAAGGAAAAAAAAAAUCCCCCACCCUCAAAAAGGCCAGGGCCCCGCCCCGUUGUCGGUGAUUUGUCUUUCUAAUAGGUUGAAAAUUGUGUAAUAAACUUGAUGACGCUGUCAA